CGCCUCUUGCCACUCGUUCGCUCCCCACUCGUUCCCCACCCGCCCGCCUCCCGACCCGUCUCUGCAAUCGAUCGGCCACUGGAGCAGCGAUGGGAGUCAAGUUGCUGACCUCGUAUCUCAGGGACUAUGGGGAGAAUCACAACAUCCUCAAUCCCACUCUGGUCUCUGGGCGGCUCCUCCUCGUCGAUGCAGGCUCCCUCAAGCGAAUGUUCGCGGUUGUAACGCCAGCACUGCCCUCCGAGUACCGCAUCAACCAAACCACGAUGGGGCAGUACCACGAGCUGCGUGAUCGCAUUGUGGUGUUUUUCCAGAAGAUGCUCGAUGCCGGGCUCUCGGUGGUGCUCUUCAGUAACUGCGAGCUGCGAGCAAAGCAUGACGAAGAGUGGGUCUACAAGCCAGCCCAGUUCCCGUGGACCAACAGCAGCGCUCGAGGCGGCAACUAUCCUCACCACUACCAGCAGCAGCAGCAGCAGCAGAAUCAUCAUCAUAACCAUCACCGGGACCAGCAUCCGCAGCAUCAGCAGCAGCGAUCGGCUCAAGGCGGCCCCGAAGACGAGAACCAGUUCCAAUCCGUAGUCAACAUCCGCACGUUCCUCGAGAGCGUCGCCCUGGAGCAUCUCAAGCCACCCACGCCCGACAGCUUCAAACUCCACCGCUGCAAGACCGAUCUCAUCAAGGAGAUGGCUCGGUACGCCCAAGACGUUGCGCCCAGAUCCCAGUUGCUCGGCAUCAUGAGUUCAAACUCCGAGUUUGGCAUCUACUGCUCGAUCCUGAACACCUCGUGGUACCGCACCCCGGAGGAGUUCCCGCAAGAGUUGCUAUCGAUGUCCCAGCCGCUCGACCAGCGUCGGCUGACGGCCAUGUGUCUGACCCCGCUCGGCUUCCGCAAUGCCUACGGAAGUCUUCACGGCAACGCUCGACUCCUCGCUCUUCUCGCCGUCAUGAGCAGCAACGACUAUGUUGACUAUGACAGCGCCAAGGCGAUCCGAAUGCAGGUGUUUGAAGGGCGAGCCAAUUACAAGAUCCCCCAUACAAUCGCCUAUCUAUCAAGACUCGAUCACCGCAGCGACCCUGUCGAGGUUGUGUUCAAGUGUCUUCCCGAUAAGGACCCCACCAACCGCCGACUGAAACAGCUCAUGAUCGAGGGCAUGAUCCCAUACAAUCUCAACAAGCCGGCAACAAUCUCGCGCGAGGUGAAGGAGAAGCUGAACGAGAACAUCCCUGCCGCCCUUCAUCCUGUCUUUAUCGAAAGCAAGGUCGGUCGGACCGUCAUGUCGAUCGGAGUCUUCCGCCGCCUCUGCAUGGAUCUCACGGGCGAGAUCGACCACAGGGGCGUCAGUAGCUGGGACAUUGUCUCGCCUCUCUUCCAGCGAAUCUACUGGGUGGUCGUCGGACAGGGAGCCCUCUUGAACGAGCUCAUUCGAGUGGAAGCCCCUGUCCGAAAGGUCGUCAAGAUAUUCGAUAUAGACGACUUGAUGACGAUGGAGGAGCUGCUCCAGAAGGACAGGGCCGCGCGAAUCAUGAAUGUGUGUCGCAUCUGCGACCCCGACGAUGCCCCGUUCCUGUAUCAAGCUCUGUUUUCGGACGAGUCUGUCUUUUCGCCCACGCUGACUCAGAAGCAGACCUCGACGCUCCAGCUGGUGACGCUGACCUUGUACGUGCUCAUCAAGGCGACACAGAGCCGAACGCCAUUUACAGCGUUCGAUAUCGACGUUCUCCUCUUGUGUAUCCUGGUGGAGCUCUUUGAGGAGGCCCGUGUGGAACUCCUGGAGGCCCAUGGCGAUCUCGCCGGCGAUCCUCUCACCUGGCGCGGCCUGGGCCCUUGCUACCGGAUGCCAAGUCUCGACGAGCUUUGCGGCGAGCUCAAGUUUGUGUCCACUUUCUGGUUUCGGAUGCAGUCAGCCGUGCUGGUUGCGACCGAUGCCUGCUUCCGCCCACUCGAUGUCACCUCCAUCAUUGGCUGCUACGAUGGCUACGGGCUCCAUCUGCUGUACAGGCGAUUCGAGGGCGCCAAGUUGAAGCCGCUGGGCUUGGAUGGACCGCAGUCGCAUUUUUGCGAUAUGGUGGAGGAGUUGCUCGCGCCUGGUUCUCCGUGCAAGUCAGUCUUGAUGGACAGCUACAACUCUGUCAUGAGCGUUGUAUCGGAAGCCAAGAAGAGGCUCGAAGCCGCAGAAUAGAUUUAUGGCAUGUCAAGUCACCUCAUCUCAUAGGUGCCUCUUGUAGCUCGGUCUGCCAAUGCGCUGCAAGUG